UGCGACCAUUUAACCAAUUUCGCCGUGUUGAUGAGAUUAUCGGAGAAUAAGCUUAGUGCUUCUGUAAGUCGAUCUCUAGAAAUUAUUACGUAUAUUGGCUGUGGCUUAUCGGUUAUUGGCUUAGCUUUGACUAUAGCAGCUUAUGCCAUUUUGUGGAAAUAUUUAAAAAAUUCUACUAACAAAAUUCACUUAAAUCUGUUCUCAUGGUUGUUGGUAUCCAACCUAAUUAUGAUCUUGAUCGAUCUAGCUAAAAGUGUAAUGGUUCUAUGCACCACAUUAGCAAGCUUGCUGCACUUUUCACUUUUAACCUCAUUCAUGUGGAUGUUAAUGGAAGGCAUUCAUAUCUACCUCUUCCUUGUAAAAGUCUUU